AACUAGAUAUCGUAGUUAAAACUAAAUGUCUAUUUGCUAUUAAAUUACAAUAACAAUAAUACAAGUAACUUUUAUUGACAUCAUCAUAACAAUCAUGAUGCAGUCAAACAAGACAAAUUACAAAAACAGAAAAAAAUAUUUCAAUUCGUCUUUGAUGAAGUUCUUUUUGAAUUGAAAAAUAAGCAUCACACCAUUCCAUUAAUGCCAACAACUGAUGGAUCACUCAUUUUAAGACGACCAACGAUGGUUCUUGUAAAAUUCCUAGAUUUGACAGCGCAACAAAGAUAGGUCAUUUUUUUACACAGAUCUCGUUUUUCGAUACGCAGUCAACUAACGCCAACUUAAUGGUAAUGACUACUGGAAUCUCGAUAGAACUUUACACAGAACGUAAGACGCAGAUUAAUUGUCAUCACAUGUUAUAUUGGUAUGGCUCAAACAGCUCCAUUUCUUUGCUUGCUUUCCUCUUUCAUGUGUCGCGCUAUACGAUUUCGGUAUUGCUGUGGAUGUUAUACCGAGUGUACGUCAUCAGCUCUACUCACGCUUCACUGACCAUCUUCAGUAGGCGGGGCUUAUACGAAUAUUUUUAAUACUAAUUUUUAAUAUUUAUAAACGAAAAAAUAAGAAUUUUAUUACUACUCCUUUGAUAAACAUAUGCAAUACUUCAAUUAUCAGCAACUCAAAAUGCAUCAUUUUAAUUGGUCUUUAACUAUCAUCAACCAAACUAACACUUGCUAUACCAUACUGUACCUCCAUGGCUAUACCAGUGAUUCAGUUUGAUUUGUUUUUCUUCUGAAGACCUUAAUUGUUGUUUUGCCAAAAUAGUCCCAAUUAACAAUAAGUUGGUGGAGGUGCACGUACUGGUACUACCAGGGAGUUGUGGUGCUACACAAACAUAUACGGUACAGUGAGUCAAAUUGGAUUGACGAAGGUAUUGGAGGCGUCAUGUAAAAUUCAAGUUAUUGUUUCAUGGUGUUUGAAAUGCGGUAAAGAUACAGCAAUUCAAUGCCAUGACGAGGCCUGCGAAGAUGUAUCAUUCGGUCUGCCUUACGGUUCUUCUGUCACACUUGAUGUUCGACAACAUUGCCGCUCAGAGUCUCUGUUCACCAAUAGACUUUGCAUCUACAGACGAUUUUCCAGAAUGUACGUUUGGAUGUUUUUGCUUUGGAGGAGUAGUACGUUUGCCUGGAUAUUUUAGUUCUGAUGAAUCGUCCGAUACGGUGUGCCAUUAUCCUGUUUGUGGCGGUUUUGUUGAAUGUGCAAAUCCCACAAUAUCUUGUGGGUGCCCGACCUGUGAUGGUCGACAAGAUUGUGUCGCUGUAGACGAAUACGGGAAAGAAGUUAUAAUUAAUGCGGGACAAGCAGAGGUAGUAGGCUGUGCAAUCUGCCAGUGUAAUUCAGUAGAGCAGGCUGUGCCUAGUGCCGGAUACCCUAGCGGUCGCAUUCCAAUUGAACAGAGAAGAAAUGCAACAUGUGACUACUCUCAGUGUGCUUGUUAUGGUCAUGAUGUGUCAAUUGUGUUCGACAACAUAAGUGAUAUACCAAGCUGCACCUUCGGUUGUUUCUGCAUCAGAUCUCUUAACCAAGUAUUGUGUGCAAAUCCACGUGCAUGUGAAGUGAGUAACAGGUGUCAAAAUCCACUUGACUCUUGUGGGUGUCCCAUCUGCACAGAUCAAGUUGGUGACUGUUUUGCGAAAUCAUUCGAUGACGAAGAAGUUUUAAUAUCUGGUGAUGGUCCCCAGGAUGUUGGAUGCGCGGUGUGCACAUGUGACGCCCCUAUGCAACCAAUCAUCAUUCCCUUCACGUUGCAAACACCAAUUCCAUUACUACCGAAGAGAACUGCAACAUGUGACUACUCUCAGUGUGCCUGCCAUGGUCAUGAUGAUUCGGAAGUGUUUGACAACACAAAUGAUAUUCCAGAAUGCACUUUUGGUUGUUUCUGCAUCAGAUAUGAGAAUGUUGUGCUGUGUAAAGAUCCGGGUGCAUGUGAAGUGAGUAACAGGUGUCAACAGCCAAGAGACGUUUGUGGAUGUCCCGUCUGUGAAGAUACAGUUGGUGACUGUCUUGCCAAAUCCUUCGACGACCAAGAGGUUUUAAUAUCUGCUGAUGGUCCUCAGGAAGUUGGAUGCGCAGUGUGCACUUGUGACGCACCAGUUGAACCAAUCACCAUUCCCGUUAUUACGCCAGAAACACCAAUUCCAUCUAUACAGAAGAGAAUUGCAACAUGUGACUACUCUCAGUGUGUCUGUUAUGAAUUUGAUGAGUCGCAAGUGUUCGAUAACGCAACUGAUAUCCCGGAAUGCACGUUUGGUUGUUUCUGCAUCAGAUCAGUUAAUCAAGUAUUGUGUGUGGAUCCAGCUCCACUAUGUGUAGUGAGUAACAGAUGUCAACAUCCAGGUGACGUUUGCGGAUGUCCCACAUGUGCAGAUACAGUUGGUGACUGUUUUGCAAAAUCGUUCGACAACGAAGAGGUUUUAAUAUCAGGUGACGGUCCUCAGGAUGUUGGAUGCGCGGUGUGCACAUGUGACGCACCUAUUCAACCAAUUAUCAUUCCAUUUUUCACACUAGAAACACCGAUUCCAAUAAUACCGGCCAGAACUGCAACAUGUGACUACUCUAAAUGUGCCUGUCAUGGUUUUGAUGAGUCGGAAGUGUUCGACAACAUAAGUGAUAUUCUAGAAUGCACCUUUGGUUGUUUCUGCAUCAGAUCUGAGAAUGCAGUGUUGUGCGUGGAUCCAGGACCAUGUGAAGUGAGUAACAGGUGUCAGAAUCCAGUUGACGUUUGUGGAUGUCCCACCUGCACUGAUACAGUAGGUGAUUGUUUUGCCAAAUCAUCCGACAACAAAGAGGUUUUAAUAUCUGGAGGUGGUCCUCAGGUAGUUGGAUGCGCCGUGUGUACUUGUGACCUGCCAAUUGAACCAAUCGUUAUUCCAUUCUUCACAUCUUCAACACCAAUUCCAAUAGUACCGCUCAGAACCUCAACAUGUGAUUACACCCAGUGUGCCUGCCAGGGACUUGAUGAGUCGGAAGUGUUCGACAACAUAAGUGAUAUUCCAGAAUGCACCUUUAGUUGUUUCUGCAUCAGAUCUGAGAAUGCAGUGUUGUGCGUAGAUCCAGGUCCAUGUGAAGUGAGUAACAGGUGUCAGAAUCCAGUUGACGUUUGUGGAUGUCCAACCUGCACUGAUACAGUAGGUGAUUGUUUUGCCAAAUCAUCCGACAACAAAGAGGUUUUAAUAUCUGGAGGUGGUCCUCAAGUAGUUGGAUGCGCCGUGUGUACUUGUGACCUGCCAAUUGAACCAAUCAUUAUUCCAUUCUUCACGUCUUCAACACCAAUUCCAAUAGUACCGCUCAGAACCUCAACAUGUGAUUACACCCAGUGUGCCUGCCAGGGACGUGAUGAGUCGGAAGUGUUCGACACUAUAGCCGAUAUCCCAGAUUGUUCUUUCGGUUGUUUCUGCAUCAGAGCCGAUAACCAGGAUUUGUGUAUAGAUAGUGUAUGCCUAUUGAGUAACAAGUGUCAAAAUCCGAAUUACAUCUGUGGAUGUCCCGUAUGUGAAAAUGCAGCUGAUGAUUGUCUCGCCAAAUCGUUUGGGAAUGAAGACGUGUUGAUAUCUGGUGACGGUCCUCAGAAUAUAGGCUGCGCUGUGUGUACUUGUGACGCUCCAUCUGAUCCAAUCCCAUUUUUUAUUCCAGGAAUACAAAUUCCAGUAUUACCAAACAGAGGUCAUGCGUGUGAUUACAGUGCCUGCUAUGGCACUUUCUGUGGAGAUUACAACUCGACCAACAUCUUCGACACCGAAGCAGACAUUCCCGAAUGCGCAGUUGGCUGCUUCUGCUUAAGGAGCUCUGGCCAAGAGAUUUGCCGCCCUCAACGAAGCUGUGAAAUAUCAAACAGGUGUCUGUUUCCUAGUUACGAUUGUGGGUGCCAGGUCUGUCCAACAGUUGAAGGAGAUUGCGUUGCCGAAGCUGGUGGCAUAAUCGAAAUCAUUCCUGGUGGAGUAAGUAAAAUUGUUGGAACGUGUUAUCGCUGUGUAUGUUUGCCUUUUAUCAUAUUAACAGAAGACGAAGUUAACAGCAAUCACUUACUCCAGAUAGAGAUUCUGAGACGGUUAGCAAGAUGUGAAUGGGAUAGCAGUCUUUGUCCUGAUAACGUCUGAUAUGUGUAGAUACAUCAACUUUCUUUACAUCACAAAAGUUUAAUUUAGCUUGAGAAAUGUUAAAUUUAACUAUCAUAUAUAGGCAUAUACUUUAUAUUAACUUCAUAUGUAGCCUGCGGUGCUGUAUAUUGUUCCUAUGUAUGAAUAAUGUAUAUUACAAAGUAUGACCAAAAUGUUACAGGUUAUUCAUUAAGUACGACAGUUUGCAGAAUACUAUAUUAUAAAGUACAACAGACAGUCGCGGAAUGUAGCUUUUCCAUAAUACAAAGUGCGGCAACUUGUUUUCUACAACUUGAGACAUGUUAUCAAAAUAACAUGUCAUUGCUUAUAAUAAACAGUGACAAUUUUAUUACAAUGUAAGACGGCUCACUUUAUUACAAACUUACAAUGUGCGACAGAGAGUUACCUUUACAUAAUGUGACGAAACUCUAUUCUCACAAAGUGUGAGUUAUUAAAAAGUGCGACAAUAUAUUUCGAAGUUGGACAACAGCAGCUAGAAUUUUAAAAAGUGGGUCUAGCAUUAGUGUUGAUGUACGACAUGUUAUUAGAAAGUGAGACAAUUAAGUUUUGUUACAAUUCAAGGUAUUUUAAUGUGCUGCAUGCCGCAAAAGCUCGAUGUAGAGUUUCUAUAAUAAAAACAACUUUUAAUAAAUUAAUUUGAGUUAAGAA